UUUCCCCCAACUUUAACGUCAUCUUAGCUCAAGUUUAUAAGCCUCAUGCCUCUCAGAAUCAUCCCCCACUUCUUAGUAUUCUAAAUAUCGUUGUGAAUCAAAUCAUUCAAAUGGCAAGUUCUUUAGUAUGUUUGGCAUCUCUUUCCCUCGUCUUCAUUUUCAUCUCCAUCCCUCUCCCGUACUCCACAGCUAUCUCCUCCUGCAAUGGCGCAUGCAAAACUUUGAACGACUGUGCUGGUCAACUCAUCUGUAUCAACCAAAAAUGCAACGAUGACCCCGAUGUUGGGACACACAUAUGCGGCAGGGGUGGGGGAGGAGGCUCAUCACCUUCUCCUAGCCCCAACAAUUGCAGACCCUUUGGAACACUGGUUUGCAAGGGCAAGUCGUACCCUAAAUACUCGUGCUCUCCACCAGUAACAUCAUCCACCAAAGCCCUACUUACACUCAACGAUUUCAGCGAAGGCGGUGAUGGGGGCGGGCCAUCAGAAUGUGACGAACAAUAUCAUCCAAACAGUGAGCGGGUUGUGGCACUUUCCACUGGGUGGUUUGAUAAUAAAUCGAGGUGCGGGAAGUUAAUAAGAAUUCAGGCAAGUAAUGGGAAGACUACGACUGCGAGAGUGGUGGAUGAAUGUGAUUCGCGUAAUGGAUGUGAUAAAGAGCAUGCAGGGCAGCCGACGUGUGGAAACAAUAUCGUGGAUGGAUCUGCAUCUGUGUGGAACGCGUUGGGACUCGAUCAGGAUCUAGGUAAGGUGUCGGUGACUUGGUCCAUGGCAUGAUUUGCUAGCAGCUACUAUAGUAGCAUAUGCACUCGAGCUAAUUAAAUACAUAAAAUAAGGACCAUAUGAUUAAUCCAAGAACGAUUAAUUGGAUAUCAUGUAAGGUUUAGUUUAAUUGGAAGAAAUGGCAAUACAUUUGCCGUACUGUUGAUGUUUGUGUUUGUUAUGUGUGCCGAGCUUAUGUUACUUCAAUAAAAAAUUUAAAAUAUGAUAUUAGCAUGA